UUGCGACCUUGCUUUUUUGCUCACAUGCCAUAUUCUACUUUCAGAAAAGAAAUAUCUAGCCACCGUUGCAGGAAGAAAGAAAGGCCAUGGACCAUAGAACCCAUCCUCCGUCGGCCGUGACUGAAUCAUACUAUGAUGUACCAGAUGGAGUUGAUAUUCUGGGAAGAUAUGAUGAAGAGUUUGCAAUAAUCCUGAAAAAAGAUGCUUUGAAAUUUGUUGCAGACCUGCAACGUGAGUUCAGGAGUGAUAUCAAGUAUGCACUAGAGAAGAGAAAAGAGGCCAAAAAGAGGUACAAUGAAGGGGCUCUUCCGGGUUUUGAUCCUGCCACCAGCCACAUAAGGGAAGAGGAAUGGGUAUGUGCUCCUGUUCCACCAGCUGCUGCAGAUAGGAAAGUGGAGAUCACUGGCCCUGUUGACAGAAAGAUGGUCAUCAAUGCCCUUAACUCUGGAGCUAAAGUCUUUAUGGCUGAUUUUGAGGAUGCACUGUCACCCAGCUGGGAAAAUCUCAUGAGCGGCCAAGUGAACUUGAAGGAUGCUUUGGAUGGGACCAUAAGUUUCCAUGACAAAGUCAGAAACAAGGUUUACAAGCUCAAUGAACAGACAGCAAAGCUUUUUGUGCGACCAAGAGGUUGGCACCUACCCGAAGCACAUAUUUUGAUUGAUGGUGAACCUGCAACUGGUUGCCUGGUUGAUUUUGGCCUCUACUUCUACCACAAUUACUCAGCAUUUCGACGCACUCAAGGUGCUGGUUUCGGCCCUUUCUUUUAUCUUCCCAAAAUGGAGCAUCCAAGGGAAGCUAAGAUAUGGAACAGCGUGUUUGAGAAGGCUGAGAAUGUAGCAGGCAUCGAAAGAGGAAGCAUAAGGGCGACGGUUCUGAUAGAAACCCUUCCUGCAGUGUUUCAAAUGAAUGAAAUUCUGUAUGAGUUGAAGGACCACUCUGUGGGUCUGAACUGUGGGCGAUGGGAUUACAUUUUCAGUUAUGUGAAGACCUUCCAAGCUCACCCAGAUCGCCUCCUACCAGAUAGGGUGCAGGUUGGCAUGACUCAACACUUCAUGAAAAGCUACUCUGAUCUCCUCAUCAGGACCUGCCACAGGCGCGGUGUGCAUGCUAUGGGAGGAAUGGCAGCUCAGAUUCCAAUCAAGGAUGACCCAGUGGCUAAUGAGGCAGCACUGGAACUUGUAAGGAAGGACAAGCUGAGGGAAGUGAAAGCGGGGCACGAUAGAACUUGGGCUGCACACCCUGGUCUCAUUCCGGCCUGCAUGGAGGUUUUCAACAACAUCAUGAGCAAUGCUCCUCACCAGAUAGAGACAGUGAAACGCGAAGAUGCUGCAAACAUAACUGAAGAAGAUCUCUUGCAGAUACCAGUAGGAGUCCGAACCGAGGAAGGUCUCCGGUUAAACACAAGGGUGGGGAUUCAGUACUUGGCAGCAUGGCUGAGUGGAAGCGGUUGCGUGCCUCUUUACAACCUGAUGGAAGAUGCUGCGACUGCUGAGAUUAGCAGGGUGCAGAACUGGCAGUGGCUCAAGUAUGAAGUGGAACUCAAUGGGGAUGGAGUUGGAGAGAAAGUGAACAAAGAGCUUUUUGAUAGAGUGGUUGAAGAAGAGAUGGGUAGGAUUGAAAAGGAAGUGGGAACAGAGAAGUUCGAGAAGGGAAACUACAAGGAGGCUUGUAAGAUCUUUGCUCGCCAAUGUACAUCCCCAGAACUUGAUGAUUUUCUCACUCUGGAAGCCUAUGAUUACAUAGUCCUGCAUCGCCCUAAGGAAGGAACCUUCAAAACUUUGAACUGAGAAAGAGGUUGGUUCAUUGUGCCUAGUGGUUGGGUCAUUUGGAUUCUGUAUUGUGUACUUUACGUUGUUGAUGUGAAAAAAAUCGCAAGGGAACGAUUUUCACAGGAUUUCAUGUUUGACUUGGUGAUCCUUAUUUAAUAAAAAGGGAAAUGUUUUUCGUUUUAU